AUGUCAGCAGCCACCACCUGGGCCAACCACGCCUUCACCAGGGCCAACCACAAGGCAAACCACGCCUACACCAGUCCAACCACGCCUUCACCUGGGCCAACCACAGGGCCAACCACGCCACCACCAGGGCCAGCCACGCCACCACCAGCGCCAAAUACUCCACCAUCAGGGCCAAACACGCCACCACCAGGGCCAGCCUCGCCACCACCAGCACCAACCACGCCAUCACCAGCGCCAAACACUCCACCAUCAGGGUCAACCACGCCACCACCAGGGUCAAACUACUCCACCAGCGCCAACUACUCCAGCGCCAACCACAAGGCCAACCACGCCACCACCAGGGCCAACCACUCCACCACCAGCGCCAACCACGCCACCACCAGGGGUAACCACGCCACCUCAGCGCCAACCACUCCACCACCAGCGCCAGCCACGCCACAACCAGGGCUUCCCACUCCACCACCAGCACCAACCAGGCCACCACCAGGUAUAACCACUCCAGCACCAGGGCUUACCACUCCAACUGCAGGACUUACCACUCCACCACCAGGGCUUACCACUCCACCACCAGCGCCAACCACGCCAGCACCAGGGCUAACCACGCCACCACCAGGGCUUCCCACUCCACCACCAGCACCAACCAGGCCACAACCAGGUAUAACCACUCCAGCACCAGGGCUUACAACUCCACCUGCAGGGCUUACCACUCCACCACCAGGGCUUACCACUCCACCACCAGCGCCAACCACUCCACCACCAGGGCUAACCACGCCGACACCAGGGCUUACCACUCCACCACCAGGGCUUACCACUCCACCACCAGCGUCAGCCACGCCACCACCAGGGCUAACCACUCCACCACCAGGGCCAACUACUUCACCACCAACACCAACCACGCCACCACCAGGGCUAACCAUGCCACAACCAGGGCUAACCACGCUACCACUAGGUUUUACCACGCAACCACCAGUACCAACCACCUCACCACCAGGUCUAACCCCGCCACCACCAGGGUCAACCACGCCACCACCAGGGCUAGCCACUCCACGACCAGGGCCAACCACGCUACCACCAGGGGUAACCUCGCCACCACCAGGGCUAGCCACGCCAACUACAGGGCUUACCACUUCACCACCAGGGCUUACCACGCCACCACCAGGGCUAGCCAUGCCACCACCAGGGCCAACCACGCCACCACCAGGGCCAACCACGCCACCACCAGGGCUUACCACGACACCACCAGGGCUUACCACGCCACCACCAGGGCUAACCACGCCACCACCAGGGCUAGCCACGCCACCACCAGGGCCAACAACGCCACCACCAGGGCUAGCCCCGCCAACUACAGGGCUUACCACGACACCACCAGGGCUUACCACGCCACCACCAGGGCUAACCACGCCAACUACAGGGCUUACCACGACACCACCAGGGCUUACCACGCCACCACCAGGGCCAACCACGCCACCACCUAAACCAAUAUUACACAUAUACAAUAUAACCACAUUUUGGCAUACUGAGUUUGUUCGCUGA